AUGGCGAUGGACAGGGAAGUCAAGGAUCUGAUCUCUUUGACAAAGAACUUAAUGUCAUUCAAUAGCCUGUGUUUUAACGAUCAGUUGGCGCUCAUUAAGUACUCCAGUCUUGAAAUAAUACUUUUGAGACAUUCAAUACAUUAUGAUAUUAAUACCGAUGUCUUGACGUGGGCUUCGAAUUCAGACACUUGUGUUGGUUCAUUCAAAUUGAGUGCAUUUAAAUACGAGAAACGUGAGUCGGACAGCAAUUAUAUAUUUAUUUACUCCAAAGAUAUCUGAAUUUGAAAACCGGAUCAAAAGUGAAAACAGAGGCAAAACUAUUG